CCCGGGGAGAAGAGGAGGCGGCAGGCGGGGAGGAAUGCGGGCGCCUUUCCACCGUCCGUUUUUGUUCUUCUACUUCCGCUCAGCGCUCUAGACCAAUACCCUAUUGAAUAUAACAAAGGUGGAUCCGAUUACGCCACCGAGCUUACCCGAAAUAAGCUAUUUCAGAGAAAUGGGAAAGAAGAACAGCACGAAUAACAAAGAGGCCUCUUAUACGCGUCAGAGCAAUAGGGUAUUCCGCUGCAAGCCAACCGGAACCUAAAGAAGAAAAGCAUGACUGCUCGAUCUGUUUCCCUCUGCGCGGUUAUCGGCUGACCGCCACAGCCACGCCAUCUUUGGCCAAUCAGCGUUCAGGGGGAAACGGAUCGGGUAGUCACGCUUUUCUUCUUUAGGUUCCGAUUGUGUUGUAGCGGAAUACCCUAUAGACCAUUCCGGUAAAGCGGAAAAAAGAAGAACAGACGAAAGAAGCAAAGGCGAGUAUGAGAAAUAUACGGUGGUGCGUCGGUUCCACAGUCGUAUCAAACGGUUCAACGUGACUUGUCUGAUGUCUAAAUUCAUUUGAGAGUUAAUGACAAUAGUUCUCACUCUCAGGCGACGCAGAAUAUCUAGUUUACGGUGGAUUUCUUUCGAGCGUUCCCAAGGCGCACCGUACAUUUCUCAUACAACGCUUUGCUUCUUCCGUCUCUUCUUCUUUCUUUUCGGUUUACCGGAAUGGUCUAUUGACAGCAGACGCACGGAUACAGAAGCCAUGAGGCUGAGGGCGGAACUGCACCAUUUUCGCCUCCCAUUUCCGGCGCCAAGCUUACCCGGAAUACCCUAUUCAAGCGAAAUACCCCAACUUGCCUACCCCCCGGCCCCCUGCCUGAUGGCAGUGUUCCGGAUCGGUCAGGUAGAUCGUAACUGAGAAUAACCCGACGGUCUUCUGGCUCUUUCCCUACCACCUGAGUCUAGUGAGUGAGAGAGAGACAGAAGGCCGUCGGGUUGCGCUCAGUUGCGCUCUACCCGACCGAUCCAGAGCACACUGUCUGAUAGGGUAUUCCGCUCAAAACUGUAGGGGAAGUGAGGAGAAAAGAAGCAUCCAAAACCGUAGGGGUUGGGGCGGGCGAGUGGAGGAGCGGCGGGGACGCCCCCGUUCCACCCGUGCCGCCACCUCCACCCCUACUUCUUGUGAUUCUUCCGUUCCCUGCUUCAGCCACAGUUUUGGGCGCGGCGGCGCGGCGGCUCAGUGCGCGUGUCGUCAGCGUCACGCCACUAGCGUGCGGCCGGCUCGCAGGAUCAGUCCGCUCUCAGCCGCCACAGACGUCGGACGUGUGUCUUCGCGCUCUCCACGAGUCAUUCGCGCAAUCGAUGGUUCAGGCGCUGCUGAAGACGUGAGCCCCACUUCAGCGACUGGCCAGACGUUCAACUUCAACUGCUUUGCUGGCACACCUUGCUAAGAAAGUGUGGUCUGUGUACCUUAAAGGUUUGAGACAUGGAUCGCCUCCCCGACGCCGUGCUGCUGAGGGUGUUCAGGAGCCUGGAUGAUGAGAAGCUCCUGGACAUACGCCGCGUCUGCAGGAGGUUCAAGGAUCUGGCGCUGCACCCGUCGCUUUGGCAGCAGCGCACCAUCGGCGCGCACUGGUGGAAUGACGAGCUCUCCAGCGUGGACUUCCCCCGCGGCCGCUGCCGCGAAUGCGCCGUGCUGCGGCUGGCGCCGUGCGCGCGCAUCUGGACCGUGUCGCUGCCGCGGCCCACGCCGCAGAGCCAGCAGCUGUGCGCCUCCACCAGGUGCGCCGUGACCAAGGUGGUGCUGCGCGUGCGGCGCGCCGGGGCGCCCACGGCCGGGCACCACGCGGCCCUUCUGCUGCGCAACCAGGAGGCGCUGGGCCGCCUCAGGACGCUGGAGCUGGACUCGUUCGACAGCAGGCUGGCCGCCAGGGACGCGGGCGAGCUCAUCGCCACGCUCAUGUGCGCGUCCGGCCUGGAGCAGCUCACUCUCUGGUCCUUCCCGUCCGCCCUGCGCUCCCUGCCCGUCCCUUACAAGGACCUGCCGGCGGCGGCGUCCCUCAAGUUGUUCAGGUGCGACCUGACGCGCGCGUCGCAGGCCUUCUGCGACUCGAUCCUCGCCACGCACGCCGGCACGCUGGAGGAGGCGCAGCUCGGGUUCAAGGCCGCGCCGCCGACCCCUGCCACCACCGCGGCCCUGCUGGGCGCCAUACCCGGACUACGCGUGCUGUUCUGCUACAUGAUGCCCGGGCUGGAGGCGCUGGCGGCGAGCGCCUCACUCGUGGACCUGACGCUGACGGUCGAGGUCGGACAGCACUUCGAGGCCCGGAUGCGGUCGGCAGCGGCGCUGCUGCGCGGUGCGCCUCAGCUGCGCAGGGUGUACCUGGACUACGGGCCCGGCACCAGCGCGCCCGCCGACGUGGACCUCGUGGCGGCGAUGGCGGCCAACGAGCGCGCUCCACUGCGGUCACUCAAGCUCGCGGAUCGAGGCAAGGUCGACAGGUGGCAGUUCCCGCAGCUCCCCCGACUGCUCGCCGCGCUGCCCCAGCUGCCGCAGCUGCAGAUGCUGGAGGUGUCGUGGGUGCCGGACGAGUUCCUGCUCGCGCUCACGCCCCAGACGGCGCCGGCCCUGCGGAGCCUCUUCGUCAGGUCGUGGGCGCCGUGCGUGCACAACUACCUGCACGCCGACGCGGUCCAGAAGUGCCUGGCCGCCAACCCGUCGCUGGAGCUGUACGUGUUUCCGUGCAAGCCUUCCUCCCGGGUGAUGCUGCCCAAGCAGUGCCCCCGGAAGCGGCUCUGCGCGGCGUGCUCGCUAGACUGCCACCAGGACUUCCGGAAGAAGGACGAGGCGCAGGACUACAAGGCCAUGAGCGAAGAGGAGCAACGCUGGAGGCGUUGGACGUCUGGUCACGUACUGCUACCGCGAUGAAAGUGUCGCGAUCUUUCCGUGUAUAUCUUGGUUUUGUUCGUUAGUUCCUCGAUUUGGAAUAAAACCAACCAUACGUCAAAAUGACUCCAGGUUAUUAGUGAUCUGAUUUUCGUGCAGUGAAUUUAAAUUUACUCAUUGCUUUAGUACCUGGCGUUUUCAAAUCAGAACAGACUGUCUGGGCAUAGGGUUAUGGUGUUUGUACUGAUGUUUGAAGGGGCUAGGGAAAUCAUACGUACUAGCCUUUUCCAUUUUCAAAUAUAUUUUACUUUGAUUUCAAGAGCGAUUUUGAGGGAACCGUCCCCGUUUUGACAGUUCCGUCAAAAUGUCGUGAACAGCGAUUGUUAUUUUGUAUUAUAAUUGCUAAAUGCAUUGUAUUCGUUUAAAAUAAAUUCAUGUUUGGCUAUUGAA